AUGUCAUUGAAACAGGAAAUAGAAACGUGGGUGUCGGCUCUGGGCCGAUACGACAACAACGAGUUCGAUGAGGCCCUCAAGGACUUCGAGAAAAUCUCCGACACGUCCAAAAUUCUCUUCAACAUGGGUGUCAUUCACGCCACGUUGGGAGAGCAUGAGAAGGCUUAUUUGGCUGUCGCCUACUUCCAACAAGGCGUCUCAAAUUUCCUCCUAGGCGACUUUGAGGAGGCGUUGGCCAACUUCAACGACACUCUUCUCUAUCUUCGAGGAAACACAAUGAUCGACUACGCCCAAUUGGGUCUGCUUUUCAAGCUCUACUCUUGCGAAGUCCUCUUCAAUAGAGGUCUCUGCUACAUCUACCUGCAACAAAAAGAUGCCGGUUUACAGGAUCUGUCCUACGCUGUCAAAGAGAAGGUGGUGGAGGAUCACAACGUUAUCGACGAGGCGAUUCGGGAAGAAGCAGAGGGUUACACCGUCUUCUCAAUCCCCGUUGGCGUUGUCUACCGACCGAACGAGGCAAAGGUUCGCAACCUCAAGACAAAGGACUAUCUCGGAAAGGCCAGGCUAGUCGCUGCCUCCGAUCGCGCAAAUGCAUUCACAGGCUUUGCCGGGUCCGAGAUCAAGAAUGUAGGCGGAUCGGUUCCCAUUCCUAUCAGCUUCUACGGGAACCUAUUUGCUAAUCAGAGACUUCUUGGUUUACAGGCCGGCAAGAACGACGUCAAGGAUGACAGGCCUAGUGACAAUAUCUCCUUCGCCGCUACCAACCUGGUCAAGCCCGGUUUGGCAUCAAGAAGGCAACAGUCCGAGCCGCCCAAUGGCCGCGGUGUCUUUCCUCCCACACCUCCGCCUGAUCAGGUUGAGGCCAACAACGGCGGCACUAUGUCUCGUGGACAGUCCGUUCGCAACGGGCCUAAGCCAAUGCUUGCAAAACUGAAUAUCGAAAGUUCCAGACCCAAUGAGCGAUACCAGAAGACGAGCAGCCCCAACGACCGGAGAGGACCUCCGCCCGUGAUGAGAUCAGAGUCGCGGUCAGCUACGCCUAGCAGAGGAUACUCCAGACGCGACCUUCAGAUGCGUGGCCGGUCGGCUGAUGAGGAUGUGGAAGAUGCCUACCCUGAUGAACUGUACGACAUGUACCAGAGUGGUAACGGCAGCAGCACAAGAACCAGCCGACAGCCUUCCCGUCGUGUACCGCAACGGUACAUGGACGAGGAAGAGGACGGAUCCGACUACGGUUCCUUCGAUGAAGGCGACUUCGAAAUGGUGUCCAACAGACGCCCGGGCACAAACUCCAUGUCUUCGCGAGGUGGUUCAAGGAGACCGGAGGUCCGCAAGAUUCGCGUCAAGGUUCAUGCCGAGGAUGUUCGAUACAUCAUGGUCGGCGCCGCCGUCGAAUUCCCCGACUUUGUCGACCGGAUCCGUGAGAAGUUUGGUCUCCGCCGGAGAUUUAAGAUCAAGAUCCGCGAUGAGGACGUGCCCAACGGUGAUAUGAUUACCAUGGGCGACCAAGACGAUCUGGAUAUGGCCAUUAUGAGCGUGAAGAGCCAAGCAAGGAAGACCAGGCAAGAGAUUGGCAAGAUGGAGAUCUGGGUUCAAGAAAUUAUGUAG